AGCCAGCAGGCGAGUGGGCGGCGAGACCGGCUGGGCGCGCGCAUGCGCGGCUCCGAUCCAUGGGGCCGCUGAAUGGGGCCGGCGCGGUGGGCGCGGGGGUGGCGGCCUUGUACGUGGCGGCCCUGCCCCUCUCCGUGCCCGGGGGAGACUCUGGGGAGCUGAUCACAGCCGCCUAUGAGCUUGGAGUUGCUCACCCCCCAGGCUAUCCUCUUUUCACUCUUUUGGCUAAACUGGCAAUUGAGCUGCUCCCUUUCGGCUCGGUCGCUUUCCGCGUGAACCUGCUCUGCGCUGUGCUCGGAGCCGCCGCAGCGCCGUUUUUCUUUUACACCGUGGCCAGGCUUUCUGGCAAGCAUGCUGCAGGAAUCUUUGCUGUGGGGAUGUUUUCGUUUUCUCGCCUCACAUGGCAGUGGUCCAUCACGGCAGAGGUUUUCAGCUUAAACAAUCUGUUUGUGGGGCUGCUGAUGGCUCUCUGCGUGCGCUUCCGGGAGGCUGUGACCGCCAAGGAGAGAUCAAAGAUCUGCAAAGCGGGCGCCUUCUGCUGCGGCCUCAGCUUGUGCAACCAGCACACCAUCGUCGUCUAUGUGAUUUGUGUCGCGCUGUGGGUUUUCUCCUACUUGCUCAGGGAGAGGGAAUUGACCCCAGGCCACAUGCUAAAGUUGACUUUCUGCUUCCUGGCUGGCUGCCUGCCAUAUCUCUACCUGCCUGCCUCUUCCUACCUCAACAAAGCUCGCUGGACCUGGGGGGACCAGACAACCCUUAAGGGAUUUACGACCCAUCUUCUCAGGGAAGAAUACGGAACCUUCAAUUUGGCAAAAUUAGAGAAUGGAUCGAGUAUGGCUGAUAUAUUGCUUUUCCAAGUGUCUGACAUGAGGACGGAGCUCUCCGCCAUCACCCAAGCCCUUGCGAUCAUCGCGUGUUUGUGUGCAGCAGUGAGGCCCAAGGUGGAGAAGCCAAAUUUAGUCUGGCUGUUCACUUCAAUGCUCCUCGCCUAUUCGUUUUUCUUUGCUUGGAGAGCAAAUCUGGAUAUUUCAAAGCCGCUGUUUAAAGGAGUGGUCGAGCGAUUCUGGAUGCAGAGCAAUGCGGUGGUUGCUGUUCUAGCCGGCCUCGGUUUCUCCUCGCUUUUCUCUUUUGCAGAGGGGUUGGCUGGAAACAGCCGAGUGCUUCGGUGCCUGGAAUGGCUUCUUGCUGCCGUUCUGGUUACUGGGCAAAUCUACUCUAAUUACAGCAUCUGCGACCAAAGCCGCAACUACGUCGUCGACCGCUUUGCGAGGAACCUUUUGUCCUCCAUGCCUCCGGAUGCCAUCGUCCUGCUGAGAGGGGACUUGCCCGGCAAUUCUCUCCGUUACCUCCAUUAUUGUGAGGGAAUGAGACCUGACGUUACCUUGGUGGACCAAGAAAUGAUGACUUACCACUGGUACUUACUGAAGAUGUCAAAACAUUUGCCUGGCGUCAUUUUUCCUGGGAACCGGUGGAAUCCUCUGGAAGGGACGCUGCCCGAUGGGACGACCACAUUUAAUCUCCAUCACUUUCUCAAAGUAAAUAAACACAAAGAAACCUUUGUCUGCAUUGGGCUCCACGAAGGUGACCCCACCUGGAAGAAAAGCCACUCCCUUUGGCCGUGGGGCUCCUGCGAGAAGCUGGUGCCUUCGGAAACCCCCUUCGACCCCGGAGAGUGGAUCGAGAGAACCAGAAACCUCUACAACUGGAGCGAGGAAUAUGGGAGGUUUGAUUCAUCUUCAUGGGAGUUAGUGGCAAACGAAGAGAUGUGGCAAGCCAGGAUGAAGACCGCCUUCUUCAUUUUUGACCUAGCGGAAACGGCUCGUGUGUCUACGGAUGUGAAAGCCCAGCUUUAUACAUACGCUUACAAGCUGUACAGGGAGAUCGUCAGCACCCACAAAGUGCACCCAGUCAACUGGCACAAGAACUACGCGAUUGCCUGCGAGAGGAUGUUGCACCUUCAGCCUGGAAGGGAAGACCCGGAACUGCUGUUGUCAGAAGCCAUCAAGCACUUCCUCCUUUACACAGAGAAAGCGGAAGACGAGCCCCAGCAGGGCAGCAUUUUGCAAGCCAUAAAACACCUGAAGAAGGAACUUCGGGGGUUGAGACAAAUGAAAAAGGGCCGGGAGACUUUUCAGCAAGGCACAAAGUGAAGGAGCUGUGGACAACACAUAGAAAAUAACUCUUGGGGAAAUAAUGAAAUAUAAGAAGAAAAUCUAAGUUGAGCGGUCUAUGGGUGGAAGUGAAGCCAAGCUCUUGGUUGCUUAAAAUAAAUGGGGGGAGAGCAGGGCCGGAUUUAGGUUUGAUGAGGCCCUAAGCUACUGAAGGUAAUGGGGCCCUUGAUACGUCCAGCUGUCCUUUGUCAACAACAAAUUGCCGCUGUUUUUUGUGUUGAAUAUAUGCUAUAUGGUAAUUGAUGGACCUAAUAGGUAUCUAAAGCCAUUUGCACAUAACAAAAAAUGUGUUUUAUCAAAGUAAUUGAAACAGAAAUGAGCAAACCAGUGAUAUUUUAGGGACCAGGCUAGCAGGCAGGGCCCAUGACUUACAUCACAGGAGCCUACACAACACAAAGCACUGUUGCUGUAUGUAGGUUUUAUUUUAUUGGUUUUUUAUCUUAUAUUUUGGAAAUGUGCAUCCAGUUUUUCCCCCUUUAAAUUUUUUUGGGGGCCCCCAAGAGAGUGGGGCCCUAAGCUAUAGCUUGUUUAAAGGUAAAGGGACCCCUGACCGUUAGGUC